GAUCAGUAAUUAGUCUCUGAACAUAUUCGCUUCUGAGUGACACAGUCUCUCCGUGAUGGUCUUUUUUAUUUGUGCAUUCAUGUUGGCAGUCAUUAUAGUUCCUUUUUAAAUUGUCUUCCUUGCGUUAUUUUGUAGAAUAAUCCAACUAUUACAACAUGUUUUGGUCCUGUCCCAACUUUUUUUGAGAUUUGUUGCAUGAGUCAAAUUUUGAAUAGCCACAUAUUUCCCUCAAUUAAUUAAUACUUAAGCCUGGCUUGAACAGUUGAUAUGUUGACCUUGUGCUAUUGUCCAACCGACAUCCAUUUGUGACAUCCCCAUGUAGAUCUCCCAGGAUUUCUCCAUAUUGCAGCCAGACGCGACAAACAAAUUAAUAUCCAACUGGACACACUUCACUGAGAAGAUUAUUGCCAUGGCUGGGAAGGAGAAGAUUGGAGACCUGCUCAACAUUGACAGCCUCUCUGAAGAAAGAAGAGGAGAUGUUGCGUUGCUCCUCCUUCCGAGGAUUAUCCCUCCAACUACCUACAAGCAAGGCCGGAAAUACAUGAGACCUAGUCAGCUUGAAACGUCAAGGGCGUUCAUUGAUGAACAACCUGUUGGCACCAACAUUCCGGAGUACCUUGCAAAAAGAACUUCUGAAGCAGGUAUCCUGGAGAUCACGUCAGUUGAUGUUGGCAUCGUGGCCGUCAGGGGUCUCCAUAGCAACUACUACUUGGCGAUCAACAAGAAAGGGGACGUCUAUGGCGCUCGAGAGUACGGCAUGAACUGUAAGCUGAAGGAGCGCAUCGAGGAGAACGGCUACAACACGUACGCCUCGGCCGAGUGGCGGAACAGGAAGCGCCAGAUGUUCGUGAGCCUGAGCGCCAACGGGAGGCCGCUACGGGGACGGAAGACCAGGAGGAAGAACUCCGCCACCCACUUCCAGCUCACUGCUGCACCGUGGAGGUAG